CAUACACGCGCGCACUGACUCACACACACACACUCACUUCCGGACACGACUGUGCCAAUCCAGUCCUCAGUGUGUGUUUUAUCAUGCAGCUCGCGCAGACCCACCAGUUCACAGGACUAAAGGACUAAAGGACUGAACUUUAAUCCGCGCUCGAGAGAGACUCGUCAAAAUGGAUAAAGGAACGGGACUCCUUCGUCCUGUGAUUUUGUUUUUUGCUCUUGUGUUGUUCAGCGAGGGCCGUGUGGUGAAGGUGCCAGUCGGUCCUCUGGUGCAUGUCGAGGGACAGGCUGUCUCCAUCCGCUGCAACGUGUCCAACUACGAGGGGCCCCGGGAGCAGGAUUUCGAUUGGUCCAUUCUCCAGGCCGGUGGUACAGUACUCAAUCUCAUCUCCACCCUCGGAGGAUUCAUCAUGGACUCCUCAGUGAGGGACCGGGUCAACAGCGGGGACAUCAGUUAUGAGAAGCUGACCGAUAAUUCAGUGGAGCUCAGGUUCAAGAAGGUGCGAGCGACAGACAGCGGUGUGUAUCGCUGCGGCACCCCGAGCACAGACUCCGUCAUCAGCGGGAACUACCAUGCCGAUGUGGAGCUCAAGGUGAUCGGGGACAGUCUGAAGGUUUCUCCCGCCAUCCCCAAGUCCGCGGUGUCCGAGGGAGAACCCCUGGAGCUUCAGUGCAACGCGACGCGAGGCUUCACAGAGCACACUUUCCUCUCCGUGUCCUGGUCCCUCAGGAGAGGCGACACCGGCCCGCUCGAGGACAUCCUGACCUUCGGGCCGGAUGAUAAGAUCAGUGUCGGCAGCAACUACACGCAGCGCUACACGGACGGGGGGCUGCGCUUGGACCUUCGAGGAGGGGGAUUUUACGGACUAGUCCUGAAGAGAACGAAGCCGUCGGACCAAGGGCAGUACGUGUGUGCGGCCCAGGAGUGGGUGAGGCAGGGGGAAGAGGGAAGAAGAUGGAGGAAGAUCCUGGAGAAGUCCGAGGACAUGGGGAAGGUCGUGGUUACGCCCACAGAUCUGCAGUUCAAGGUGACCCUCACGGCCUCCGUGAACCCCCAGGCCUCCAAUGACCCCGCUGAACUGCUCUGCCAGGUGCUCGACCUCCUCCACCUUCAAGAUGGCCGCCUGGCCGUGACCUGGUCGUACUCCACAAUCACGCCAGGAGACGUGUCCCAGAAGAAGAUCGCGAUAGCCUCUCUGAAUGAGGAAGGAGCUCUGAUCCCUGGGAGCGAGUACAAGCCGAGACUGGACAGCGGAGAUAUAGCGGUGAGCAGGAGAGAGUCCAACGUCUUCGUUCUGCGACUUCUUCAGACUCGAGACGCAGACAUGGGCUCGUAUUCCUGCGCCGUGAACGCAUGGAUGCCCACUCGGCAAGCCGGAUGGGAAAAAGCGAAGGAGGUCCAGUCCACUCCUGUUUCUGUUCAGUGGACACCACAGAUUCCAGUUUUGCGAGUAGUAGCCCAUCGUGUGAGAGAAGCUUCAACCGGUGGAUCCACGUUUGAGAUGACCUGUCAGGUGACGGGCCAGAACCUGAGGAACCCCGGCUACACCGUUCUCAUCCGCUUUGAGGAGACCUUGGGAGGCAAGUCCCGGAAAGUGCUGUCGCUCAGCCAGGACUCGGUUCUGCAGUCGGAGGAGUGGAGCGAGCCGAGCCGGGUCGACAGCGUGGUUCUGGAGAAGACCGGGCAGCUGGAGUACCGCUUCCGCCUCUACGGGGUCCAGGUCACGGACCGCGGCUUCUAUUACUGCGACGUCACGGCCUGGACUCGGGAUCAGAAACAAGAGUGGAUCAAAUCCGUCAGCGCCGAGUCCAACAAGAUUGAGAUUGCCUUUGUACACACAGGUCCAGUGUUCAACAUAUCCAUUCAUUCAGAAGCAAACAAUGUGUUACCAGGAGACACCGUCCAGAUGAAGUGCAUCAUUUCCAUACUGAACGCUUCUCCUAACACUGGUGAUGUGGCGUUUGACGUGCGCUGGUUCCAGGACUCCGGCUGGGCCGUGGAUAACGGAGGAGUGUCGCUCGUGAGUAUGGACCACUGGGGGGUGGUGAAGAAGAGCUCCAACCACAGCAGCCUGGAGCGCACCGACCGCCACACGUUUGUCCUCAGCCUGCACAAGACUCAGGACAGGGAUGCGGGAGAAUACCACUGCAGAGCCACUCCCUGGCUCCUGUCCCCCGCCACUGGAGCCUGGAGCCGCGGGGAAGAACUCACCUCGACGUCCACGUUCCUCUCCGUACAGAUGCAAUUGUGGGAGUCUCUGAAGAUGCCGGUGGGAUACGGUGUGUUUGCUGCUGUGAUCGCUGGGGUGCUCUCAGUGCUGCUGGGUCUACUCGUCGCACACUGCUGUUUCUCCAGGAACCCCAUGCACACGCCUCGCCCCCGAAACAAGCUCAUGGACCUGGAGAUGGACUAAACCAGGCCUCCGUCCCCGACCCUGCCCAAAAACACUUCAACCAACUCUGGGACUGGAUGUGGAUAUGCACAUUGCUUAACACGAGACGGAGAACCUGAUAAAAUGCAAUCCGAGGAUUGAGCCACGGCUCCAUGUUCCAACUCGAGAGCAAUACACUUAUUAUUCUCAAGAAUAAAGCACUGACGGCCCCAUCCAAGGUUUUUUUUACCCCCUUGUAACUUAUAACACAUUCUGAUUGCUGAUAGGAUGAGAGCAUCGGGAAUGAAAACUGUCGUUCGGUACAAACAUGUGACUGCACUAUGACCAAGCCAGCGAUGUUUGAGUUUGUACAGUUGAUUUGAGCAAUUAAUAGGAAGGACUCUAAGGAAAGAGCCAGGAAUCUCUCAGUUAUGACUGUGGCAGAGACUGAGCUUUUAAACCGCUGCAGUCCCGGAGGAUUGGUGUGUCACGUCCACUGUGACCCUGCCCGUCUGUCAAGAGUUAUGAACCUAACAUGACUGAGCUUUCCUCUCAGCGGCGCAGCGUAGCGUUGAUCCACGGGAUGGCUGAUGGACGGCUGCAUCCGUCUGGGAUCCAGAAGGGAGCACUCGAGGGAACGGACCCAACUGACCGCCAAUCCCCGCUCGUCUUCCCUAAAGAACGCUUGUCUGGCAUUUCAAAGGCUCUGAUAACUGAUACCAACACACUGUUGGCAUUAACUGUUUCCUCACUCUCUCUUUCCUGCCCACAACAAUGAGAAAUAUCCGUAUCCAUCUCAGUUUCCUUGCAUUUUCCCCCUCUUGUCAGAAUCCACUCAUUAUGCCGAUUCUCGCGCUGCUGACCCGCACUGCCACUCCUCCUGUCUUUCUGAUAAGGGAAGUGUGUGUGGAGAGUUUCCAGCUCUUCAGAGACUCAUUUAUAGACCAAUGUCUCCAAGAUGAUUUACUUUUAUAUACAGUAGUUCUGUUAUGGAUAUUAAAAUGUUUUUUUAUUUGUCGCUUUAUUUUAAAUUGUGUGAAAUUUUAUGCGCUUUAACCAUCUUUUUUUUUUUUUUUUGCUAAGAGGAAAUAAGUAUUUUCUGUUGAUCAGUGACUCAUCCCAGUUUUCAAUGGCAAACCAACAAAAGUGUAUUUCUUAAUAAAACUAAACUAUAACACUGU